UUGCAAUUGACGAAAAUGGCCAUCGCUUUGAUCCCCAAGGUACACAGUAUGUUUGCUGUUCCUCACCCAAAACGCCGCAACAGAAUGGAAAGGGUUUUGACUUUGACUUGCAGGAUGGAGCCACUGCGCUAGGGCGCCUCACAAACACUAUCUAUGUAUCGGUCGAUUCGAACUGCUGGCCAUGGCCUGAAGUGGAUGGCCCCCCGAUGGGUUCGAGAAUGCCGUCGCGGCAUUGUCACAGAUGCCGAUGUGACUCAGUCCCGCGACUACUGUCUAAACCAGCUCAAACAUAGCGAUUAUGAGACCUACUUGAUACGGCAGUUUGUUCCGCGGUCAGCAAACGAUGCAUACCAUGCGCUCCGGACACUCAAUCUCGAGCUUGCUCGGCUUCCCGAAACCGUCUCCAACCCCACCAUCGGCCGACUGCGCAUCCAGUUCUGGCGUGACACAAUCGAGAGGGUCUUUGCUGGAAGCCCGCCUCGAGAACCUAUCGCCAUCUUGUUGCACAGUGCUAUUGCGCAAUUGAAGUCCAGGGCUGGGGAUGGAAGUGCCAGCUCUCUCAAAUUCUGGCUGCUGAGGUUUCUCAAAACAAGGGAACGGCACAUGGAGAACAGGCCCUUCGUCAGUUUGGCCGCUCUGGAGGACUAUUCCGAGAAUACCUACGCGACCUUGAUGUACAUGACGCUGGCUUUCAUGCCCAUGCGGUCUGUCCACAUGGAUCACCUCGCCAGCCAUAUUGGCAAAGCUUGCGGUAUUGUCGCGACACUACGGGGAAUUCCAGUGCUCGCGGCACCUUCAACGCCCAUCCAGGGUCCCUCAGGGGCCAAUCUCGGGAGCACCCGAAGCCCGGCGCUUCUGCUUCCCCUGGAUGUCAUGGCGGAUGCAGGCUUGAAAGAGGAAGAUGUCUUUCGAAUGGGUCCUAACGCUGAGGGACUUCAGGAUGCUGUUUUCCACGUCGCCACGCGUGCCAAUGAUCAUCUUAUUACAGCCCGGGAGAUGCUCAAGAACCUGAGGUUGGGAAAAGGGCCUGAUCACGACUAUGAACACGAAGGCGAAGCCGAACAUGUGUAUUCAUCUGCUGCACACAACGUCGAGACUGCUGGUUCCGAUAUCAAGCGUGGCUUUGGUGUGUUGCUGGAGGCUGUUGCAGCCGGGGAUUAUCUGAAGCGUUUGGAAAACGCCAACUUUGACCCCUUCAAGGUAAAGAAAAGUUGGAAGCUUCCCUGGUCAUUAUGGCAGGCGCUUAGGCAUGAGCAAAUUUGAUGAUCUGUCACGAGCAGUUGUGUAGAUGAUGCCAGAGAUCUCUGUUUGCCUUGAAUCCAAAUGAACCCAAUUGUUCUACAUUAGAGCCAAACCAGGGGCGCCGGUGUUCAUGAAGCAUUCGUUUUUUAUUUUGGUUUGAUGAGUGCUGGACCAUCACGGUGUUGUCUCAGGCUCUGGAGAAAUCUAGUAUUACCAGCCUCA